AUCGAGGUGGCCUCCACACGACGGUAUCACCCUUACACGCCAGAAGUUCUACUUUUCUCCGUUCAAAAAGGAGAAGCAUUCUCGCCCACCUAUAAGUUAAAGGAAAACCUGUGUCAAUCACCAUGCAUGGUUUGGCCGGCCCAGGGGGCAAACUAAAAACCUUUCCAGCCUCUUGUCACUUACAGUCACCAAGAAACUAUGAGCUGCUACUUCCCACUAGGAACCAUGCUUUGGGUCCUAUGCGUCUUGCAGUUGCAGUUCAUGUUCCACAUGGCAGGUGGCUGCACGAUCGAGGAGAGGAUUGCUCUUAUGCGCAUCAGAUCUUCGUUGGUGGAGCCAAACUCCGAAGUUCCUGCUUCUUGGGGACGGAGCGACGACUGCUGCUCCUGGAAAGGGUCCGAUGCAACAAAGGCACACGUGUGUCGGGUCUCAACCUCGACUCCCUGUGCCAGACAGAGGGCUGGAAUCUCAAUUUGACCAUAUUUUCCUCGUUUCAUGAGCUUCAGCAGCUGGAUUUAUUUUCGAAUUCCGCUUAUCUUCUGGAUUUAUUUUCGAAUUCCGCUUAUCUUCAAAAUUUUGAUGGCCUUCAAGGAUUGACUAAGCUUCGCUAUCUCAACCUCCGCCGCAACACAUUGGUCGAGGAUAAUAUCUGGGAAUCUCUUGGUAAAUUGGCUUCUCUUGAAGUCAUAAAUUUUGAGGCAACCAGUUUGAGCGGUGCUCUUCAGAAUAUUGCUUUCAGAAAUCUCAAGAAUUUGCGAGAUUUGCGUCUAGGAUUCAAUUAUAUGAACGGAAGCAUCCCAGCUUCCUUAUUUGAGCUUCCAAGCCUUGAAUAUUUGGAUCUUUCAGCAAAUCUGCUCCAAGGACAUAUACAUAAGAAAGACCUCUCAACAAACCUUAAGAACUUGCGAGAACUACAUCUAAGAUCCAACCGACUGAAUGGAAGCAUCCCAGCUUCCUUAUUUGAGCUUCCUCGCCUUCAAUAUUUGGAUCUUUCAGAAAAUCUCCUUCAAGGACAUAUACCGGGAGCUUGCCCAACUGGAUGUUUACAAAUGAAGCACCUUUGCUCUAUCUGGGUCUUGCACAUAACUCGCUAGUAGGAUCAUUGGAUCAUCUAAUGUGGCAGCGACAAUCGAAUAUUAAAA